AUGGAGAUGGUCAUAGCCUUGUCCAAAAGUUAUGGUCUAUUGGUGAACAGUUUCUACGACCUCAAGCCACUGUAUGCAGAGUACUGGAACCUGAGAAAGAAUGGAAUAGAAUUAGGUGAUGAAUUUGAAGACAGGAUAAAGAAAAGAGGGAAUGGGUUGAUCAGAAAAAGAUUCUUGAGCAAGAAAUCGUGCAGGGAUUUCCGAGUCAUUGUGAACUCGGUGUUGGAGAGCAUAAGUGCAGAAGUUCCGAUACUGGCAUGGCCAAUGAUGACGGAGCAACCCCUGAAUGCAAAAAUGGUAGUGGAAGAGAUUAAAAUUGGGUUACGGGUCAAAUUUGUGCCCGCGGAGAGCUUGAAGAAUAAAGUGAAAGAACUUAUGGAAGGGGAAAAGGGAGACGAGGUGAGGAAGAAGAUCUCUCGAUUUCUUACCCUGCACGUGUUGAUUAUUUUGGGCAGAUCGAAUUUUUGA